AUGCAAGUAACAACAGAAAUAAGUACAACCGAUUCCACUCUUUCAGAAGUAACAACAGAAAUAACUACAACCGAUUCCACUGUAGCAGAAGUAACAACAGAAAUAACUACAACCGAUUCCACUAUAGCAGAUGAAACGACAGAAAUAACUACAACCGAUUCCGCUGUUUCAGAAUUAACAACAGAAAUAACUACAACCGAUUCCACUGUUUCAGAAGAAAAAACAAAAAUAACUACAACGGCUUUUACUGUAAACACAAAAAUAAGUACAACCGAUUCCACUCUUUCAGAAGUAACAACAGAAAUAACUACAACUGAUUACACUGUAGCAGAAGAAACAACAGAAAUAACUACAACCGAUUUCACUGUUUCAGAAGUAACAACAGAAAUAACUACAACCGAUUCCACUAUAGCAGAUGAAACGACAGAAAUAACUACAACCGAUUCCACUGUUUCAGAAUUAACAACAGAAAUAACUACAACCGAUUCCACUGUUUCAGAAGAAAAAACAAAAAUAACUACAACGGCUUUUACUGUGGCAGAAGAAACAACAGAAAUAACAACAACCGAUUCCACUGUUUCAGAAGUAACAACAGAAAUAACAACAACCGGUUCUACACCUACAGUCACAACAGAUGAAGCAACUACAUACGCAGCAGUGCCUUUUGUUGCAACAGUCACUAACAUAAUGAAUACAACUACAACUAAUUCCACUUCCCCGGGAUUACCAACAUCAUCAGCCAGUUCUAUUGUACCACUACCAAUAACAGGAACUUUGCCAACAAAAUCGGCUUUCACAGAAGUAUCAUCCGAAACAGCAAGAACCGAUUCCAUGAUAACAGAAGUAACCACAGAAACUUUAACAACUAAAUUGACAACAACAGAAAUUCCGACAACUGAACCUACAACAACAGAAAUUCCGACAACUAAAUUUACAACAACAGAAAUUCCGACAACUGAACUUACAACAACAAAAAUUCCGACAACUAAAUUUACAACAACAGAAACUCCAACAACUGUAUUCACAACAACAAAAGCCAGUUCUAGCGAACGACUAUCAACAUUAUCUACAAUGGAAUCAACAAAAGCUUUACAAAAAACAACAGUAACCUCAAAACCAAUAACAAGUGUUUUACAAGCGACCAGCACAACUUCUAGUCAGGCAGCACAAAAUUCAUCCGCCAUUGUUACUAUUGACGUCAACCAAACCGGCACGCCUACUCUUCCAUCUAACCAUUCAAUAACUUCAUUAAAUACAACCGACCCGCCUUCGCUAACAACAACAUCUUUAAAUCCGACCAGCAAUGCAUUCACAUUACCUCCGGUGGCAAUUGGGGCCAUUUGUGGCGGCGUUCUUGUUUUAAUUCUUUCCGCUUACCUUCUGCACAGAUACAUUAGGCACCGUCGGUCGAAAAGGUUCGACGUAUCUGAUGUCGAAAUCAACCUCAAAGCUUUCCCGCCAAUAAACUUACUCAAUGUACCUCCCGGUGCGCAUACUACCACUACAUAUCUAAAGUAAUAACACUAUCUACGUAAAAAGUCAGAGCUGUUGAAUAUGUACCCAAAUAAUUGCACCACACUUAGUGUAGUUACUGUUUUAAAAUCAUGUUAUUACAGUGUUAAUUUUUUUGCUUGUGAUUUCUAGUAUUUUUGUAUGUUGAAACGCACUUGUCUUACGAAUGUGUAAUGUAUAACUGCAACUUCUAGCACAUAUAAUAUCCCCUAUUUCCUAAUCGUGUUUUUAUCACUUACAAACGCUCUUUUUAGAGUCAUAAGCAUACGGUUAUAUAAAAUCGUAAAUAUUCUUUGUUAAAAAAAGAAAAUGAUGAGAACACAUCUACCCUAAUAACUGUCUACAAUAAAAACCAGGAAUUUAACUGCAAUAAAUCGUCAGAUAC